CCUUCCUUUUCCCUCUUCCCUUGCCUUUCCUGCCCUCUCCCUUCUGUGUUCUCUCCACUUCCACCACUUACCUUUCCCCGCAAGGCUUUCCCUUUCUCCGAGCUUCUUCUUCUGUUCUCUCACCUUCCGAUGAAGCUAUGCUCGUCGAGUAGCCGCCCAUAAUGGCGAUCCGGAGACUGCUCGCUUUGCUGCCGGUGGUCGUGCUUCUGGUGGCCGCGGGGAGGGGCAGAGGCGGCGAGGCGGUGAUGUUCAACUUCCGAUCGCUUACAUUGGGGAGCCUCAAGCUGAUCGGCGACGCGCACCUGAAGAACAACAGCAUCCGCCUAUCGCGCGAACUCCCCGUCCCCAACUCCAGCACCGGCCGCGCCCUCUACGCGGAGCCCGUCCGCGUCCGCCACCCCGUCACUCGACUCGCCCUCCCGUUCUCAACGUUUUUCUCUUUCUCCGUCGCGGAUCUCAACCCGUCCUCUGACGGCGGUGGCCUGGCCUUUCUCCUCGCUCCCGACGACGACUCCCUCGGCGACGCCGGCGGGUUCCUUGGCCUCUUCAACGCCAGUGACGGAGGCAAGGCCUCCGUCGUCGCCGUCGAGUUCGAUACCCACAUGGACGUUGAGUUCGAGGACAUAAAUGCGAACCACGUCGGUGUUGACCUCGGAAGCUUAGUGUCGUCGCGGGCCGCCGACCUGGACUCGGCCGCGAUUGAUCUCAAGGGUGGAGACCUCGUCAACACGUGGAUCGAGUACCAUGGCGCUGCUGCGGAAGGGCUGCUCGAGGUAUUCGUCUCCUACUCCACUCUUCGCCCCGCCUUUCCCGUACUCUCCUUCGAGGUGGAUCUCGGCAAGUAUUUGAACGAAUUUGCUUACGUCGGCUUCUCUGGAUCCACUCAAGGGAGCACAGAGAUCCACAGUGUCGAGUGGUGGAGCUUCUCCUCGCCUUCGAUUUAUGCUGCCCCGCCGCCUUCAACACCGGCCUCUCUUCCGCCGCCGCCCGCGAUUCCCAUCUUUCCCUUCUCAGUUCCUCCGCCGCCGUUCUCCCUCUCUGCUUCUGCCCCUGUGCCGACUGAUGCCGAAGGACCAAUCAUUGGCACAGUGAGGUCAUCGUCAGGUUCGCCGUGCCAGAGCAACGGGUUGUGUCGUCAGGGCCCCGCUGCUAUCGCUGGGGUGGCUACGGCCGGCGCGUUCGUCUUCGCAGCGGCUGUCGUCGGCGUUGGAUUCUGGGUAUUCACCCGGAGGUCCAAGUCUCCUAAGAAAUGGGAGAGCUUGGCUGCGACUUCCGAGAUUGUGAACAAUCCGAGGAAUUUCUGCUACAGAAUGCUCCUCAUAGCAACCCGGAACUUCGAUCCAGAUCGCAUCAUUGGCCAUGGUGCCUUUGGUACCGUCUACAAAGGGAUAAUCCCUGAGACGGGAGAAAUGGUCGCCGUUAAAAGAUGCAUCCAAAAUGGCAGCCACACUAGCGACCAGCAGGCGCGAGCAGAAUUCCUCUCAGAGCUUUCCAUCAUCGCUGGCCUCCGGCACCGGAAUUUGGUCCGUCUACAAGGUUGGUGCCACGAGAUGGGUGAAAUCCUCCUGGUCUACGACUACAUGAUCCAUGGGAGUCUCGACAAGGCUCUGUUCGAUCCAAAGGCGGCGCCUUUAGGAUGGCGACAUCGCAGAAAGAUACUAAUCGGAGUAGCAUCCGCGCUCGCCUACCUCCAUCGCGAGUUCGAUCGCCAAGUGAUCCACCGCGACGUCAAAUCGAGCAAUGUGAUGCUCGACGAGGGCUACCACGCUCGGCUCGGCGACUUCGGCCUUGCUCGCCAAGUCGAGCACGACAAGUCGCCGGACGCCACCGUAACAGCCGGAACGAUGGGUUACCUCGCACCGGAGUACCUCCUCACAGGCCGCGCAACCGAGAAGACCGAUGUCUUCAGCUUCGGUGCGGUUGCCCUCGAAGUGGCGUGCGGCCGUCGUCCCAUCGACAGUGACAACGAUAACCACCGCAUCAUAGGCGGCGCCGGAAGCAGCACCAGGAGGUGCAGCAACUUGGUUGAAUGGGUGUGGGGUUUGCACGGCGACGGGAGGAUACUGGAAGCGGUCGAUCCCCGAUUGGAAGGUGAAUUCGACGAGGGAGAGAUGAGGAGAAUGCUACUGGUCGGUUUAGCCUGCUCGAACCCGGACUCCUUGAUGAGGCCAGCGAUGAGGAAUGCCGUGCAAAUGCUCAACGGGGAGGCCGACCCACCCUUUGUUCCGGCGUCGAAGCCGUCGAUGAGCUUCAGCACCAAUCAACAGCUAUUGCUAAGCCUCCAGGACAGCGUCUCCGACUACAAUGCAAUGGGGCUGAACCUAUCAAUGUCUUCAUCUUCUUCUUCCUCGUUGAGGAGCACACUGAGAGGAUGUGGUGGAGGCGCCGGCGAAGGGCCUUAGAUCCUGAUGACGUCUUGUCAGGUAGAUCUGGUGAAAGAUGGUGGUCACACAUAUUUAUUAGGUCUCAUGAUAGCAUGGAUGCCUAUGCUGAGCAGCGAGCAAUGACUACUUUUGUCUUGGCAGUUAUAAUGGAUGGACAUCGGCGGAGACAAGAAGCAUGUAUUCAAGUAAAUUUUUUAAAUGUGUCCCUGAAGCAUUUACAAAUUGCUAAUCCAAGUGAUGGGCAAACUGAACCUUUACUUCUCCAUGGCUUUGUUUAUGUCUGGGCCGGGAAAGCUCUGGGAAGAUUUUCCAUAAGUAGAAAUCAUAGGUUCUCAUGCAGAUGGA